GCUAGCAGCCUGUGUGGAUGCACACAUUUUGAAUGAAAGUCGUCAAGUGUGGCAUGCAGAAACCUCUACCAUCUGACAGCAUAUGAAAGCCGAAAUUACUGUUCGGUUUAUGUGUAUUUAGGAGGACUUUAUCACCAUUGCUUGGCUUACACUUUCACAAAAUUUAUUCCCUCGCAAAACGAGAAGGACCGGGCUGCGUGUGACUAUGCAGCGGCUCGCGGCGCAGCUGUUCACCGGGCUGGUUGCAAUGGUGAUGUCGGUGCUGGUCGUGCAGUGUUGGGCAGACGGCGGCGGCCCCAACCUCGCCGAAAGGGUUAUCUGGGCUGUCAAUGCCGGAGGGGAAUCGCAUGUUGAUGUGCACGGCAUUCACUUCAAAAAGGACCCUUUAGAAGGAAAAGUCGGUAAAGCAUCUGAUUACGGAAUGCGUCUGCCGAUCCUUCGCUCCAGUCCCGAGGACCAAGUACUCUACCAGACAGAACGCUACAACGAAGACACUUUUGGAUAUGACAUACCAAUUCGGGAUGAAGGCGACUAUAUACUCGUAAUGAAGUACGCAGAAGUUUACUUUGCGCAGUCACAGCAAAAGGUAUUUGACGUCCGGCUAAACGGCCAUGUGGUUGUGAAGGACCUAGAUAUCUUUGAGCGUGUGGGUCACAGUACUGCACAUGAUGAAAUAGUGCCCUUCUCCAUUCGACGGGGUAAGCUGAGUGUACAAGGAGAGGUGUCAACUUUCAACGGCAAGCUCACAGUUGAAUUUGUAAAGGGCUAUUAUGAUAACCCCAAGGUCUGCGCUCUCUAUGUGAUGAAGGGAACACCAGAAGAUGUACCAAAACUUCAGCCGCACCCUGGCUUGGAGAAACACGAAGAAGAGGACGAAGAUAGCGAGGUAGGAGACGAUAUCGGGAAGAAGAAACUGCCCCCGGAUUCCAAGCCCAGGGUCCAGUCGGGACCCAGAACACCGAACCCGUACGCAGCUGACAACAGCAGCUUAAUGUUCCCCAUCUUGGUGGCGUUUGGCGUCUUCAUCCCUACGUUGUUCUGCCUCUGUCGGCUGUGAGAGACCAGAAUACGGACAUGGAGACUGUGACAGGUGAGGGGGGCGGGGGGUAAAAGCGUACACACAACGUGUAGGAAAUAGCAACCACGGAGGACAAUAAGACGAGGAGCCAUGAAGUGUUGCCACAUGGUAUGGCGAUGAGCCACAGAGAACGUGAAUGUUUGCUGUCCACCUUCUGAUGACCUUUUUGGAACAACCUUUGUCAUUUUCAUUUCAUUUGAUGAAGUCUUCAAAGGUGGGGGCUCAGCAAACACGGGAUCGAGCAUUAUUUCCGUAACACUCCUCAUUAUCAAGGCACAGCAACAGGGUCCAUAUGAAAUAAACCAAGAGAUGAAGUAAGGAAACGCGGCCACCAUCUUCUGUUUUUUUGACUCCUACGUCCAUGUGCCAUUAUCUUACUUAACGUGCCGUCAUCUAAUGAGUGCUGAACAGUAAUUACAGCAUGUCUUCAUUAUUAUCAUAAUAAUAAUAUUAAGGUUGGAUCCACUUCAAAAAUCCAUGAAGCAAGACUAUGCUCCUUUUGUUUCACCAAAGAAUGUUAAUCCAGCUUAUGUUGCCUGAUUUCAUUUAAGCUCAUCGAAAAAGAUGUUCCAACGUUUUAGGCUCAUGUCACUUUUUUUUUUCCUUUUAUCGCAUUUUUGACUUUGAUUUGUGGACUGACGGCUGUUUUAAUAGAAUGAACCACGAGCAUCUGUGCCAGUCUUACAUCCCUUAAAGUGGCUCUCAUGUAUUUACGACGAAAGAAGAAGCACAACAUCACUGUUGCUUGAAAAACUAAUGUUUACUCUUCAUCUUGUUCAAUUCCCAGCAGCCUUUUUAAAAACCUGUUGUCUUAAAGCUUGUGUGUGAUCUUUUUACCCCUUUUUUAGUUCAGCUGCCUUUUUUUUUUAAAUCUCUGAUCCGGUUAACGACCUGAAAGUGUUUCACAGAGGUGACAAAAGACGCCACAAAUCAUGUUGUGGAUCCUUCCUUGUUUGUUUCACCUCAUUUUUUUGGGAUGAUGUCAUUUUGUUUAAUUUCACUUCUGAAAGGAUGCAAGAACAUGAAUGAAUUCAGCACCAUAAUUAUCACGUUUGCUCUCUGCUGAUCUCCACUGUCACGUAUGUGUGUGUGUGUGUGUGUAUAUAUAAAGGUACAAGAUCGCACUUUUAAUUUGAAAUGAUACCCCACAUGUUUGUGUUAGCAAGGGGGUUUAUUCUUUGAUUUAUUUUGAGUUCAAUAUUUUCUCUUAAGGAGAGGAACAGUUGUAAAAAAAAAAAAAAACAAAGAAAAGAAA